AUGUCUGAUAUUGAUGAGGAUUUGCUGGCCUUAGCUGGCGGUGCGAGUAGCGGAGAAGAAGAAGAGGAAAAAGUCACCGUUGGAACGGCCAAAAAACGGUCCAAGUUCGAUAACAAUAGCACAACCAAGAGACGAAUUGUUGACGAAGAGGAAGAGCAAGACCAGGAUGAAGACGAUCAAGACGACUACAAUCCCAAGGGAAGCGCCUACGACUUCGAAGACGAGGACGAAGAAGAGGAAGAGGAAGAGGAAGAGGAACCUAACCCUUUUCCGCUUGAAGGUAAAUACAAAAAUGAUGCCGACAGAAAUCGUUUAGAAUCGCUGCCGGAAAUGGAGCGUGAAUCUUUGCUUUUCGAUAGAUCCCAGAUCAUGCAAAAAUACCAGGAACGUCGUGUCCUGAAGGAGCGUGCCAGAAGCAUUAGGCAACAACAGCAGCAGCGACAGCAGCAGCAAGAAGAAUCGAAAACGCGUUCUUCGGCAAGGUCAACUCGAACCACAGGUCACAGUGAUGCCAAAGAAUCUGGUCUCUCCAAGCUCAAGAAACAGCGUGCAAAGAAAAGAGGAACUUAUGACUACAGUGAUGACGAGGAAGACGACAGGGAACUCGAAGAAGAGGAGGAGGACGACUACGGCUACCAGGACGAAGAAGACGAGGGCGACAGCGAAGAUGACUACAAACCUGGCUACGGACGAGGAAAAUCUUCUUUGGACGACGAUGAUGUAAAGUGGGCAGAAGAAGAAGAUCUCGACCGCGAGCCGGAGCUUGCAGAUUUUAACAGGGUCAAGAUUGGACGUUCUUUCGUGGCGAAGUUUUGCUUCUAUCCAGACUUCAACGAUGCCAUCAAGGGCUGUUACGGAAGGGUCAAUGUGGGUGUCGACAAGCGCAGCGGACAAACGCUUUAUCGUAUGGUAAAAAUCGAAAGAGUGUUUCUACAAAAGCCCUACAACAUGGGCAAGUUCUUCACGAACCAGUACCUUGGUGUAACACAGGGUAAGGACCGUAAAGUCUUCCAGAUGAACUUCUUCAGCGAUGGUGCCAUCACUCAGCCGGAGUUUGAAAGAUACUCAAGCUCUCUGGACAAGCAAGAGAUGAGCAGGCCGUCCCUUUACAUGCUCAACAACAAAUCGAACGAAAUCAACAAUUUUGUAUCACAGCCGAUUACUCCUAAACUAACAGAUGAGCUUGUGCGCAAUAGAAUGGUUUUCAAUAAAAAGCUAUCAGGUACCAAUGCCGUCUUGGAAAAGACGAUUUUGAAAGACAAACUUCAACAUGCGAAAGAAGCUGGUGUUGAAAAAGACAUAGCGAAAUACUCGUCUCAACUGAGAAAUCUGGAAAAACGGUUGUCCUCUUACGAAAAGCAUCAUGAAAAUGAUCAAGCUGGUUCCAAGAAACUCGGCGCUCUUACCUCAAAGAAUAGAAGAGCCAAUAUGGAUAGUGGUAAAGGUGCUGAGGCUGUCAAGAAAGAGGACACUCCGUUUGAUGCCAAGACCGAUCCGUUCAGUAGACUCAAGACCAGGACCAAAAUUUAUUAUCAAGAAUUGCAGAGAGAAGAGAAUGAAAAGGCGAAGGAGAUUGCGCGCCAGGACCAUCUUCAAAAGAUUGCUGAAACUAAAAAACAACUCACUUUGCCAAUAGCGAAAUUCAGAAGCCUAGGAGGACUUGAGGAAAUUGUCAAUGGGAUUGAUUUUAAGCUCAACUUAGACAUUUGA